AUGGCUUUCGAAAUGCAGCAACUCCUUACUUCUGGCAGGCUCCAGAAUUCCGACUUUGCUCCCUUACAUUCUGCCUACGGGACCAGCACCUCCAGCGCCGAAGUCAUGUCUUCCUUCUCUAUCGUCACUGAGGACAUUUCACCCGACACCUCCUGCUUUUCUGCAUACUCCAAUGAUUCCACUACCCGGAAACUUAAGCGCAGGCAUGCUAAGCGCGGGCGCUUUUCCAAACGCAAGGCGACUAUGAGUCUACUUGAAGAUGCUAGCGCAUGCGACCCCUUGACUCUGAAUGCUAUUGCUAGCCUUUCCUCAAACUGGCUCAACCUGUCCUUCCCAAACCGCACUCCUACCUACACGGACUACUUCGUGAAUUACUGGCGACAUGCACUAGCAAAGGAGCAGGACAUUUUGAUGGAUCAUUUUACUACUGUCAUGGCAGUCGUCCAUGAAGAUUUAUCGGCUACCUCAACCACCCGCUCGACUCAGCCUACGCUCGUGCAAUCCAACGAGGAGUCCUCCAACAUUCAAUACGAAAAUGCUCUAUUCGCAGUCACCUGUCCCUGGGACGAUGGUGAGAAAUCUCACCUAGACGACUGGAUUGAAUGGGACGAAUGGCGUCGGGAAGAUGAUGAAGUCUAUAUUCCAAUAGGCGAUCGUCAUGACUAUGGAGCUAUUGGCCAGCCACCAGUAUAUCCGCUGCGCAACAUGGGCACCCAUUUCCAGAUCGUAGCGCCGAAGCCGAUUCGUGCGUGGAACAACAUAACCUGGUUGGGUCAUCCACCCGUCACACCUGAACCAGUAUCCCGCCACUGUAUGGAGAUGGUUGUCGAUGAUGCAGCCGUCUAUGGGACUUCACAAACUCCUUUUAUGGAAAGUUCCAUCAUCUAUUCCACGGCGUACCGCACGCACGCCGAGUCGACCAUCUAUGACUCUGGCAGCGCAUCUCCCUCCUCUUACCUAUCUGUUCUUGCUGCCUCUAUGCCUUCCACUGGCAGGCGUAUUCCUCCUCCGUGUGUCAAUGAUCCCCAUCCUACCACUCAUGGAACAAAGGCAAUUUCUCUCGAAAGACAACAUUCGAGAGAUCACAAGUUGUUGCAAUUUUUACGGUUCUUGAGCUUGAAAGAGUAG